CCAAAUUUCCAGCGGUGAUUCACCUUGAUUCACUGAGGAACUGCAGUCACUCGCCGUGGUGUUGACUCAUCAUUGGGCACGGCCCCCAUCGCCCCCAAAAAUGAGUCCAACGACCCCGCCACGCCCGCCACCGCUGAUAAGAUAAAAAAUUCGAAAAUCCCGGGCGAGGUUGGAGGGGCAGAGGGGUACUCAACAUCCACGCUCUAAGCAAUUGUUUCUAUCCUAUCCUGAACAGCCUUGUGCCAGCACCAAGCCAUCAACAACCUACAGGAUAAGCGCUUCCAAUUCAAAGUAGAAGCGCUCAAUAUGGCUUCCAACGAGUCUCCCGCUGCUCCUCACGAGCCCCCUUACACAUACCGCCCAAACCAGGGCUACGAACAGACCGAAGACAUCCCCGCCGAACUGAGAACCGUGCCCCACGAUGCCGCAGGCCAGGAAGAAGAAGACGACGACUUGGAGGACGUCUUUGGCGAGGACGAGGAGAUUGACGAUGAGGACUGGACCGCCGACUCUGGUGAUCUGACCAAGUCCUACAAUCGGCAGCGCAUGUUCAACAGCAACGACAAUGCCGUCCCACGUUCCAACAUCCAGAGACCGACUGCGAACACCAAGUCGAGUGUCGACGACCAAAUUACAGCACUUUCCAAGCAUGCUGCCAAGAUCAGGCUGGAUAGCGUCAAGGACACCGAUGAGAAGAGCAAGGAUAAGGCGGACCGCGCAACGAGCGAGCAGGUACUGGAUCAGCGCACGCGCAUGAUCCUGCUGCAGAUGAUCAACCGUGGCAUCGUCAGUGAGAUUCAUGGUGCCAUCAGUACCGGAAAGGAGGCCAACGUCUACCACGCCAUUUUGCACCCCGAGGGCGACAGUCCCAAUGUGCAGCGGGCCAUCAAGGUGUACAAGACAUCGAUUCUCGUCUUCAAGGAUCGCGAGAGAUACAUUGCAGGCGAGCACCGUUUCCAGAAGGGUUUCGACAAGAGCAGCAACAGAAAGAUGGUCAAGUUGUGGGCCGAGAAGGAGUUCCGUAACUUGAGGAGAAUACAUGCCGCGGGCAUCCCGUGUCCGGAACCCAUCAGCCUGAAGCUGCACGUUCUGGCUAUGGGCUUCCUCGGUGACAAGAAGGGAUGGGCGUAUCCCCGUCUAAGAGACGCAAACCUGACCGGAGACGAUGUCGAUGAGCAGUGGAGAGCACUGUACGUCCAGCUUCUGGGUCUCAUGCGCCGGAUAUACCAGAUUUGCAGGCUCGUUCACGCCGAUUUGAGCGAGUACAACAUCCUGUACAACGCGGGAAAGCUGUACAUCAUUGAUGUAUCCCAGAGUGUCGAGCCCGACCACCCGCGGGCAUUAGAGUUCCUGCGCAUGGAUAUUAAGAACGUUGGCGACUUUUUCAGGAGAAAGGGAGUCGACACGCUCAGCGACCGCAGCAUCUUUGACUUCAUCUCUGCGGCGGACGGUCCUGUUGAGGAGCCUGCCCUAGGUGAGGCUAUCGAGCAGCUGUACACCAGCAGGCCCGCCGACGACGAGGAGGCUGCUGCGGAGCAAGAGGUUGACAACGAGGUUUUCCGGAAACAGUACAUUCCCCAGACCCUCGAGCAGGUCUAUGACAUUGAGAAGGAUGCCGCAAAGAUUGGGCAGGGUGAUGGUGACAAGCUUGUCUACAAGAACCUUUUGGCCGACGCUGUCGUCAAGGACGAAGAGAAGGAAGAGGAAGAGGAGGAAGAGACUUCGGAGGACGAAUCAGGCAGCGGAGCUUCUCUGGCCAGCGGCGAGGAGGACGAUUCCAAGUUUGACAAGGGCCGGCCUAGGGGGCGCAAGCACGAGGACAAGGACGAGAAGAAGGUUAGUCUGUCUGCGUGGAAUACGAGGAAUAGCUUUACUGACACAGCACAGCAACACAAGCAGGCUGUCAAGGAGGCCAAACGCGAGAAGCGCAAGGAGAAGAUCCCCAAGAGCGUCAAGAAGAAGCUUGUCUCGGCGUCGUCAAGAAAGAAGCACUAAGCUGCUCAAUCGUGGACGAAAACAAGCGAGCCGAUCUGGGCUCCAGCGAGGAUAGGUCUGGUGGCGGAGGAUAUAUGUAAGGGGCCUUAUGUGUAUGCAAUCGGGUGAUGAAGACUCGAUCGGCCACGGACGGGCGGGAUGCUGUGUUCUGGCUCCCAAGCCACAACCGCUUCUCGCCCGUCAUCACUGGCUCUAGAAUGCCCCUAGAGGUUUUCACACGCCUCAAGGGCAUCGUGAUGAUCAAGGAGAGCUCUGACGAUUGCUACCGUUCUGCGGCGGUGUUGGAAUUUUGGAAUGGAAGAGUAUAGGCUGUCCAAGUUGAGCCCUUUCACCUAUCACAACUUAGACCGAGCAGAGAAUUGAAGGCACCCUCUUCGUCAUUUCUUCGAAGUACCUGACGUGAUGUUACAUCCCGCCCGUUCGCUAAGUUACUUCUUUCUCGUCCUUCCAUCUGCUCUUACCAA